GUUUGGUAAAUUUUGAUCUGAAAGUAAUUAAGAGAUAGAGAUUCUAUAGUACUUAGAUUACACCAAAUUCAACAUUUCCCUAAAACUAAUAAUUUUUUUUUUGAUAAAAAUCUCAACGGCACUCUCUCUCUCUUAUCCCUCAGAUUCUUCCAAUUUUCUCAUCGGAAGAUCCACAAUCAUAAACCGAAGUCAGUGAUCUCCGGUUCAGUGUUCCGCUGGUGGAAUCGUCCACCGGUAUAGCAGAUCCAACGAGACACAUUCCUAUUCGAUUUUUUUUUACGACCGAAUCAGUGGAUCCAGCAGAAACUUCCAUAUCUGGAGAUUUGAUUAAUAUAGUGAAGAAGCAUUUGCGUUGCGUCAGGGUGAAUUUGAUUGAGAGAGAGAGAGAGAUCUGAUUUUUGGUGGAUCUGUUUUUCAAUCAAAAUGGCGAGGAAAGGGUCGAGUAUAAGAUCAUCGAGUUCGAGGAUAUCUUCGCUUUUGCUCUCAAUGUUUGCAACUUUUGCUUCUUUCUAUGUAGCUGGCCGUUUAUGGCAAGAAUCUCAAACUAGGGUUCAUCUAAUCAAGGAGCUCGAUAGAGUAACAGGACAGGGUAAAUCUGCUAUAUCAGUGGAUGAUACUUUGAAGAUCAUAGCUUGCAGGGAACAGAAGAAGACGCUAGCAGGUCUUGAGAUGGAACUAAGUGCAGCCAGGCAAGAAGGUUUUGUUUCGAAAAGUCCUAAACUUACUGAUGGAACUGAAACCAAGAAAAGACUAUUAGUGGUUAUCGGUAUAAUGACGAGUUUGGGUAACAAGAAGAAGAGGGAUGCAGUCCGUCAAGCAUGGUUGGGGACGGGUGCAUCACUUAAAAAACUUGAAACUGAAAAGGGUGUGAUUGCACGAUUUGUUAUUGGAAGAAGUGCAAAUAAAGGGGACAGCAUGGACAAGAGCAUUGAUACUGAAAAUAGUCAGACCGAUGACUUCAUUAUUCUCGAUAAUGUAGUUGAGGCACCUAAGGAAGCUUCUAAGAAGGUAAAACUGUUCUUUUCCUAUGCAGCAGAUAGGUGGGAUGCACAGUUUUAUGCAAAGGCCAUCGACAAUAUCUAUGUAAAUAUAGAUGCUCUUGGAAGUACACUUGCAGCACAUCUGGAAAACCCACGGGCUUACAUCGGUUGCAUGAAAUCAGGCGAAGUUUUCUCAGAACCGAACCACAAAUGGUAUGAACCAGAAUGGUGGAAAUUCGGUGACAAGAAAGCGUACUUCCGCCAUGCUUAUGGGGAGAUGUAUGUUAUAACGCAUGCAUUGGCUAGAUUUGUAUCAAUCAAUAGAGACAUCCUUCAUUCGUAUGCUCACGAUGAUGUCAGUACGGGUUCAUGGUUCGUGGGUCUUGAUGUUAAGCAUGUAGAUGAAGGAAAGUUCUGCUGUUCCGCGUGGUCCUCAGCUAUAUGCGCAGGAGUGUAGUAGAACCAAAGACAAAUCCAAGUGUGAGGCGUUGCUCUUUGAUGCUUAUAGAGAAAGAAAACACAAAUGAUAUUUGUAUGAAAAUGGCUAAUUACACACAAUUUUCUCUCUGUAUUCUAAACUUGCCAUUUUAUUGGUCAUUGCAUUAUACAAAGUCUAGGUUUUGGAUGA